AGGGACCGGCGGGCGCGAGCCGUCAAUCCGAAGCCCCGCCCCUCGAGGCUGGUAUCCGGAAGUCGCAGACCGGCGGCGUGAGCGCAGCCUCUGGGCCAACCGUGUUGCUGUGCUAUCCUCCCCUCUCAGACACCCGCCGGAAGUGGAGGAAGAAAGCCUGCAGAUUUGAACCUACCUGCUUUCAAGCUGGUCAUCAUGAUGAAACUUAGACACAAGAAUAAAAAGCCAAGUAAAGGUUCCAAAGGCUGCAAGAAGCCUGCAAAGCAGAAUGGGAAGAAAGCAGCCUCUAGAGUGGCCUCUGCUCCCCAGUUUGUUCACUCCAAUGAUCGUGCCAAUUGGGACACUGAAUUAAAGAAGAAGAGGGUUGGGGAGAUGAGGGAGAAGCGGCAAGCUGCCCGGGAGCAAGAGAGACACAGACGCAGGACCAUUGAGAGCUAUUGUCAGGAUGUCCUGCGACGCCAAGAGGAAUUUGAGCGCAAGGAAGAGGUUUUGCAGGAAUUAAAUAUGUUUCCUCAGCUGGAUGAUGAGAGCACAAGGAAGGCUUAUUACAAGGAGUUCCGUAAGGUGGUGGAAUACUCUGAUGUGAUUCUGGAAGUCCUGGAUGCCAGGGACCCGCUAGGCUGCCGUUGCUUCCAAAUGGAGGAGGCUGUCCUGCGGGCAGAAGGCAACAAGAAGCUGGUCCUGGUCUUGAACAAGAUUGACCUGGUCCCCAAGGAGGUUGUGGAAAAGUGGCUGGAUUACCUUCGGAAUGAGCUGCCAGCUGUGGCUUUCAAGGCCAGCACCCAGCAUCAGGUCAAAAACCUGAGUCGUCGUAGUGUGUCAGUGGAGCAGGCCUCUGAGUCACUGCUGAAAAGCAAAGCCUGCUUUGGAGCUGAAAACCUCAUGAGAGUUCUGGGGAACUAUUGUCGCCUUGGCGAAGUGCGCACCCAUAUCCGUGUGGGCGUUGUGGGCCUUCCCAAUGUUGGAAAGAGCAGCCUGAUCAAUAGCCUGAAGCGCAGCCGUGCGUGCAGUGUGGGAGCUGUUCCUGGGGUCACCAAGUUUAUGCAGGAGGUCUACCUGGACAAGUUCAUCAGGCUGCUGGAUGCCCCAGGCAUUGUUCCAGGACCCAACUCAGAGGUGGGCACCAUCCUGCGCAACUGCAUCCAUGUGCAGAAGUUGGGAGACCCCGUGACCCCGGUGGAGACCAUCUUGCAGCGCUGUAACUUGGAGGAGAUUUCCAACUAUUACGGUGUCUCUGGGUUCCAGACCACUGAGCACUUUCUGACUGCAGUGGCCCACCGCUUGGGGAAGAAGAAGAAGGGAGGCAUAUACAGUCAGGAGCAGGCGGCCAAAGCUGUCCUGGCUGACUGGGUGAGCGGGAAGAUCAGCUUCUAUACACUUCCACCUGCCACCCACACUCUACCUGCCCAUCUCAGUGCUGAGAUCGUUAAGGAAAUGACUGAGGUCUUUGACAUUGAGGAUACUGAGCAGGCCAACGAAGACACCAUGGAAUGCUUGGCCACUGGAGAAUCUGAUGAGCUGUUGGGUGACGUGGACCCGCGCGAAAUGGAGAUCAAGUGGCUCCAUUCUCCGAUGAUGAAAAUAGCAGAUGCCAUGGAAAAUAAAACCACCGUGUAUAAGGAAUGACCUUCCCAUCAAUAGAACUGUGUUGACCACGACCAUCCUCUUAACGUCUGCCACUUAUGCUGCGUCUCUCUGGUGGGCACUUACUGCACUCUGACUUGUGGUAUGGUUGAUUGUAUCUUCUUUAGCCUAGUUGUUUCCCAAAGAUGGGGCCGCAUCUGACUCAUUUCUCUAGCAUUUCCCCACACAGAGCUGGGCACAAAAUAGUUGUCAGAAAAUAUUUGUCAAAUUGAGUAAGACCUUGAAGGGUCACUGGAGCAAAGAAUCAUUGUAAUACCAGUUGUCGUUGAUCAGGUAACUCUGCUUUUUCAUUUUAUUCUUAUAAAAGCCAUGCAAGCUACCCAUUGUCCACUCCCAUUUCACAGAGGAGCAAACUGUGACUGAGAGCUUAGCUAAGCACCUAAUUUGUGGCGGAGCCAAACUUAGAGCUUAGUUCUGCAUGGCUCCAGGCUCCCUGUUCUUACCUAAGCUUGUCCCUGCCUCCUCUGCAGAAGUCUUUGGAGGUACUCUGGGGACCCAGACCUCACUGUUAUCCUCUCUCUCCCCAGAUUGGAGAUCUCACUGGGUAUUGCACCAAUCCAAACCGUCAUCAGAUGGGGUGGGCUAAGCGCAAUGUGGACCACCGCCCCAGGAACGAUAGCACAGUGGACGUCUGCCCAGUAGACCGCCGCCCAAUGCUGCAGAGGAUCAUGGAGACGGACCCACUGCAGCAGGGCCAGGCUCUGGCAUCUGCCCUGAAGAAUAAGAAGAAGAUGCAGAAGCGUACAG